GCGCACCCGGGAGCGGCGGAGCGCUUUGAGCGGCGCACCCGGAAGUGGCGGGAGGUUCGGGUCGAGCAUCGUCGUGAUGGCGGCGGCACCGCUGCGCGUGCUGGCGUGUGGCGAUGUGGAGGGGCGGCUGGAGGCGAUCUUCGGGCGGGUCCGCGCCAUCCAGGCCAAGAGCGGCCGCUUCGACAUGCUUCUGUGUGUCGGGAAUUUCUUUGGCUCUACUUCGGAGGCAGAAUGGGCCGAGUACCGCUCAGGGGCCAAGAAAGCUCCAAUCCCAACCUACGUGCUUGGUGCUAACAACCAGGACACCUUGAGCUAUUUCCCGGAUGUCAGCGGCUGUGAGUUAGCUGAGAACAUCACUUACCUGGGCCGCAGGGGAGUGUACAGCGGCUGCUCGGGGCUGCAGAUCGCGUACCUGAGCGGCACCGAGGCGCAGCAGCAGCCGGCGCCCGCCCACAGCUUCAGCGCCAAGGACGUGGCCGAGCUGAAAACGUCUCUGCUGUCAACCCCAAACUUCAGGGGUGUGGAUAUCUUGCUGACAUCCCCCUGGCCCAGAGAGGUGGGGACUUUCGCCAACAGCGCGGGAGAAAUAGAUACCAAGAAGUGUGGCUCAAAAUUAGUAUCAGAGCUAGCUGCAAGUCUCAAACCAAGGUACCAUUUUGCUGCCCUGGAGAAGUCCUAUUACGAAAGACUUCCUUACAGGAAUCAUGUGGUGCUACAGGAGACCCCACAGCAUGUGACCAGGUUCAUUGCACUUGCUGAUGUUGGCAAUACAAGCAAGAAAAAGUACCUCUAUGCCUUCAGCAUCGUGCCCAUGAGCUCAAUGGACCCCACAGAGCUGGUGAAGCAGCCUCAGGAUGUCACUGAAAAUCCCUACCGGAAACUGAGGAAGGAGACUCCCAAGAGCAAAGCCCCACUCUCUGCUGAGGAAGAACCAGCUUGUCAGUUUUUCUUUGACUUGAACAAGCAUCAGGGAAAGAAACGUCCCUCAGAGGGGAAAGAGAGAGGGGAUUCCCAACCUAAGCAAGCCAAGAAACCCCCUCAGCCCACAGGGCCCUGCUGGUUCUGCCUGGCCAGCCCAGAGGUGGAGAAGCACUUGGUUGUCAGUAUUGGCACACAUUGCUACCUUGCCCUGGCCAAAGGGGGUUUGUCACCUGACCAUGUCCUGAUUUUGCCAAUUGGGCACUAUCAAUCAGUGGUGGACUUGUCUUCAGAGGUGCUGGAAGAAGUGACCAAGUACAAGGCUGCCCUAAAGGAAUUUUUCAGAAGCAAGGGAAAGAGAUAUGUCCUAUUUGAAAGAAACUAUAGGAGUCAGCAUCUGCAGCUACAGGUGAUUCCUGUCCCACUGGACCUCUGUACUUCUGAAGACAUCAAGGAGGCUUUUAUUGCACAGGCACAGGAACAGCAGAUUGAGCUGUUAGAAAUCCCAGAGCACUCGGAUAUCGCACAAGUGGCCCAGCCGGGGGUGCCGUAUUUCUACGUGGAGCUGGACACGGGGGAGAAGCUGUUCCACCGCAUCCGCGGCCGCUUCCCGCUGCAGUUCGGCAGGGAGGUGCUGGCGAGCGAGGCGCUGCUGGCGCAGCCGCAGCGCGCGGACUGGCGGCAGUGCGCCGCCCAGCGGCCCGAGGAGGCGGCGCAGGCCCGCGCCUUCCGCCGCGAGUUCGAGCCCUUCGACUUCUCCCUCCGGGACUGAGGCGGCGCUGCCGGCGGCGGCCCCGGGCGGGCGCGGGCGGCGCCAGGCGGUGACGCGGCAAUAAAGGCGGAGU